AUGAAGUUCACCAUCGCUGCUGCUGCCACUCUCUUCACGGCUUUUACUGCCGCUCUCCCCGAGGCCUUCACCCUCGUCGCUGAUGGCGGCAAGACCGUUCUGACGGAUGGCCAGAAGCUCCUCAUCGGCGCUGACCCCGCCUCGCACGAGAUCCUCAUCCUCCGUGGCUCCAACGAGACCACCGGCGUCAGCUUCACCUCCAAGGACCAGACCCCCACCGGCUUCCAGACCCUGUACGUCGUCGACGGCCAGGUCGCCCCUGUCGCUCUGACCCUUCCUCACUCGGGCGCUACCCCCGAGGGUGCCAGCCUCGACGGCUUCGGUACCGACAAGGACGGCUACUUCACCCACGACGGCAAGAACUACUUCGGCAUCGAGGGCUACGGCGACAACCCGGAGCGCACCAUCAACUGGGUUGACGGCCACUCUAGCACCCAGCGUGUGGUUAACCUCUGGGUUAAGGAGUGCAAGGGUUGCUAA